AAUCUUUUAGACUUUUUCUAUUUAACCAAACACCAUUACUCAUUUCCUGAAUUUCCUUUCAUCGAACACACCUUAGUUCUCACACCACCAAGAAACUCAAAAAACAGAAACUUCAAGAGUUUCCUACUUCCUCUUCUACUUCUUCAACUAUCAAGACAUAAGAACCCAUGUCAAAUCUUCCUCCACCGCCACAAUCGCAACCGCAGCCGCAACCGCCCGAAACACCUCCAUGGGAAACGCCAUCUUCUAAAUGGUAUUCUCCAAUAUACACACCAUGGAGAACAACUCCAAGAAGCACACAAUCAACUCCAAGUACAACACCAAUAGCUCUUACCGAAGUGAUUGUGUCUAAAUCACCUUUGUCUCAUCUCAAGAGCCCUACAACUCCUAAACUAGACGGUGUCCAAGCACAGUCUUUAAACGAGACAAUGGUUCUCCUGCGGCUACGAACAAGCAGGACCAAUCCAUGGAUUUGGUGUGGUGCAGCUUUGUGUUUUAUCUUCAGCAUACUUCUUAUAGUCUUUGGGAUUGCUACUUUGAUUCUCUAUUUCGCCGUCAGGCCAAGAACCCCUGUUUUCGACAUCUCUAAUGCAAAGCUCAACACUAUCCUCUUCGAGUCACCGGUUUAUUUCAACGGUGAUAUGUUGUUGCAGUUGAAUUUCACCAAUCCAAACAAGAAACUAAAUGUGAGGUUUGAGAAUCUUAUGGUAGAGCUCUGGUUUGCCGACACAAAGAUUGCCACACAAGGUGUCUUACCAUUUUCGCAAAGAAACGGCAAGACUAGGCUAGAACCGAUCCGUUUGAUUUCAAAUUUGGUCUUCUUGCCCGUAAAUCAUAUACUUGAGCUCAGAAGACAAGUGACGAGCAAUAGGAUAGCUUAUGAAAUCAGAAGUAACUUCAAAGUCAAAGCUAUUUUUGGGAUUAUUCAUUAUUCUUAUAUGCUGCACGGGAGUUGUCAGCUUCAAUUGAGCAGUCCACCAGCCGGUGGCUUAGUUUAUCGGAACUGCACUACAAAAAGAUGGUGAAGAACAGAGGCUAUCUUCAAAGUCUCUAGCUUUGCCAUGUGUUCUUCAAGCAUAGAUCUUUCCUUUUCCCACUCCCAAGAUGUAAAAACGAAUCAAGAUUCAAUAGACUCUAUGCAAGAACCAAGAUAAGAUUUUGUUGUAUAUUGUUAAAACAGAUCUAGUAAGGUUGGUGUAAUUAAAUGAGUCAAAGAGAU